AUGGAAUUUAUCAAGAAAUUAGGAAGUAUUGAUAUCUACAAAUACUUUACAUUUGCGGAAGAGAAUGAAAAAACGAUCCAAGAAAUCCGCAUUUUGCGUGAAAACAAUCAAAAACUUCAACAAGUCAUAAAUAACUUUAAAGAGAAUAAUUGGUAUAAUCAUUAUCACCAAAUGAAGCAAGCGUAUGAAAUGAAGUCGCAAGACUAUACAAAACUUCACACUUCUUACGAAGAUCUUCGCAAAACCUACAUGCAAAUACGCACCGCCUACGAUCAAUUGGUUAAAGAAAGCAAGGAGCAUAAAAUCAAUGCAGAAAAAUACUCCGUAGAAUUACAAAAUCAGAAAGAAUCUUGGGAACAAGAUGAAAAGAAGUAUCUCUCAUCAAUCAAUAUUUUGAAUGAUGAGAUCGAAUCUCUGAAAUUAGAGACGAUUCAUUAUCAAUCCGCUCUUGGCAAUGCAAUUAAUGUUCGUUGGGACGAUGAAGAUUCGAAUAACUCCGUCAAUCUUACCAAAGAUAUUCGUAAUCUUCAAGAAGUUUUACGAGAGUUCACUUUUCUCAAGGGAAAAGCAUAUCUUGUCAACAAACCCAAAAUCCAACAAAUACUUAAUAUAAUGAAUUCCAAAGCUGACAUAGAUCAUAAACCUUCAAUCAGUGCGGUAUUGCAACAUUUGACAAUCAAAAAAAUCCUAAAAUUUUACGAUGAUUAUAUACAAGAGAGAAACCGGUCUGUCUAUAAUCAUAACGAUAACAGCAUUCUCGAAAGUAGGCUCGUUAUAUGUGCGGAAAAUUUAAUUAAUUUGGUUAAAGAUUUUACCAACACCCGAGAAGGAGAUGAUAACAUCACUGGCAUUACUGAAAUCAAAAUCCGUCAAGAAAUCUAUGCUAUGUUGGGGAAUAGAGGUUUCGGACAAAAAGGAAAUCAAAUUAUGAAAGAAUUAAAAAGACAGCUACUUAAACUAUUGGAACACUAUCGUUCAAUCACUGAACACACCGUAAAAAAGGAACAAGAAAAUCGGGCAGAAGAAAUUGUACUUGGUUUUACUCGUAUACUCAAUUUUCGUCUUUUAACUCAAGAGCCAGUCGCUACGAUUCGGUGGUUCGAGCAUGGAGAGCCUUUGAAUGAAAUUUUGAUGGAAUGGGUUUCAACAGAUGAAGAUGAGACGAACAUGGUUGUCGAUAUAUGUGCAUUCCCAGCAAUUGGCGUUUAUCUCAAUGAUCCUACAAAAUGGCAAAUUUACAUCAAAGCUAAAGUACAAAUCUGCAGCGAGUCGAACAACCCUCAAAAGAAACCGGAGACGCUUGUAGAUAGAGCUAUUAAAACUUAUACCAAUUUGAUGAGAUAA